AUACCAACAUGCCCGAAUAGCAGUAAUAAUACGCUCUGCCGCUUUGCCGUGCUGCGCUGUUGUGAAUUUGUUUGUUUCAACCUUUGCUUGGACGCACUGCGUGGCUGAUAACACGUCGUUUCAGUCUUUCAAGUAUUCCUCACUCCGGCAUAGCAGCAGCGGCAGCAGCAACCUCUGGUAAUUUUGAACGAACCCACAUAAGUCAUUGGUGGUAAGCCCCGUCUGGUUUCCUCGGAGCGCAAGCUUUACCCACAGACGUAAGCCUGUAUCGAAGAGGUGUGCAUGUUUUUGCCACCGCAAUAGUUUUAGACAGCUCCGGGAUUCUGAGGACUCCAACGAAGUGCAUGGCAAGGUGAGGGAGUGUUUCCCGAUCGCCACUGCUGGCAUCACACACGGAGAAGAGUUGGAAGCACCACGUCGAAGCCUGCUGACGGCGUGGCCAUUCUCUCUGGCAUCGCCAAGUCGUAAGCCAGAACAAGAAGAUAGUGAGACGGCGCCGAGGUGCGGACGCUUGAGUUGAUACAAUGGAGAGAAGAAAGCUUUUGUGCCUAUCCAUGCUCAGCAUGGUUCUGGUUGCAUCGUCAGUGGAAGGACAAAUCGAUGUACCGCGGUUUCUAAGAGGCAACAAAGGAGUGAAGGGCCAACCAGGUACGGUGGGACAACGCGGGCCAAAAGGUGACCCAGGAGUGAAAGGUCUUGAAGGCCUAAAAGGAACGCCGGGUGAAAAGGGAAUUCCCGGUGAUACUGGCGAGGAAGGUAUUAGUGGCUUGCCGGGUUUGAAAGGUGAUGUUGGUGCGGCAGGUCUCAAAGGCAUGACCGGAGAUGAUGGUCUUCCUGGAGCUGAUGGUGUUCAAGGAGAGGCCGGCUUUCCGGGAGCAUUGGGUUCGGUUGGCGACAGAGGUGAACGUGGAAUGGACGGAAUGGCGGGCGUUCCCGGCGAUACGGGAGAAGAAGGAGUACCCGGUCAGCCAGGACCGCAGGGAGACACGGGAGAAGAAGGACUUCCCGGGCCCGACGGACCCGAUGGACUUGCAGGAUUGCCUGGUGCGCCUGGAUCAACUGGAGCAGACGGUGACAAGGGGGCCACCGGAGAAACAGGUCUGGCAGGUCAAGGUGGAGCCAAGGGCUUGAAGGGGGUGUCGGGUCUUGCUGGCGUACCCGGAGGGGAAGGCGAUGCUGGAGGAUCUAUCGCUGGACUGCCCGGGCUUCCCGGCCCCGACGGACCUCCUGGUCCCGAGUGCAUUGAAGGUGCUCCGGGGCCGAAGGGCCAGCCUGGCGACACAGGCCCGGCCGGCGAGUCCAUCCCGGGCCAAAAGGGCGAGCCGGGUCCCAGCGGGAACGUGGGCGUUAACGGCUUGAGCGGCGUGGACGGGACGUCGGGCAACAAGGGAGAGCCUGGAUCGCCAGGCCAACCCGGUGACAACUGCAUACAAUGUCAGAACGGUGCGGCGGGCGCCAAAGGAGAUUCAGGACAGAAAGGAGUGGCCGGUCUGCAGGGUCUGAAGGGUGUCAAAGGAUUCCCAGGAUUUCCCGGACGGCCUGGCGCUGAUGGCGUGGGCGGUGGCCAAGGACCUCAAGGAGAAGAGGGUGUUGCUGGACUGAAGGGCGACAAAGGAGAUGAGGGACUGCGUGGAGUGGCCGGUUCCAACCUGGUUCAGCGUGUCUUUGGUUUCAAGGGAUUCCAAGGUGACGUCGGUCUUCAGGGCUUCCAAGGCCUGCAAGGGCAAGUGGGACUGGCCGGCGAGAAUGGUCGACAAGGAAUAGCCGGAGUGCAGGGAGAGAUCGGACAAAAGGGCAUCAAAGGAGACGAAGGCAACACGGGAAGAGCAGGCGAAAUAGGCAUGACCGGUGACGCGGGUCCCAAAGGUGCUCCCACCGUCGGGCCCAAAGGAGUCAAGGGUGAGCAAGGUGUGGCUGGACUGCGUGGCUUUGAUGGCGCAGCUGGUCUCGACGCAGCUCAGGGCCAGAAAGGAGAGAGAGGCAUCAUUGGAAUCACCGGUGAACUCGGAGUAAAUGGCGAGGUUGGUCCACAGGGAAACCCAGGCGUGAAGGGAGACCAAGGUGAAGAAGGUCUGCCCGGUCCGCCGGGAGGCAAGGGGGAUAUCGGUGUGGAAGGAAGCGUCGGCAUACAAGGUGUUAUUGGCAUCAAGGGAGAGAAAGGAAUACCAGGCCCACUGGGACCCGCAGGUGAAAAGGGAGACGUCGGCACAUUCGGUCUGAACGGCCCGCAAGGACCGAAAGGCUUCGAAGGAGAAUCAGGCUUGGCUGGAGUGCAGGGUGGAGCUGGAGGCAGGGGUCUAAUGGGACGCAAGGGAGCACGCGGCAUCCAGGGAUCCCCUGGCCUCAACGGCGUGAUGGGAGAACAAGGCGAAGACGGUCUUCCCGGACCACCGGGAACACGCGGGCAGAAGGGCACGCGUGGAAUUCCCGGAGAAACCGGAGAGAUUGGUAUGACUGGAGAACAGGGUAUCCAAGGAGAGGUGGGGGAGACCGGUGAAGUCGGAAACAAAGGCGCUCUAGGUCCACAAGGUGGCAAGGGAAUCAAAGGUGACGAGGGAGAACCGGGACUGCCCGGACCACCCGGCCCGACUGGCUUUGACGGCGAACCAGGUCCAGACGGAUUCCAGGGAAUUGAUGGAGAAACUGGCCCCCUCGGCCCACAGGGUCCCAAGGGUGAUGCCGGCGAUGAAGGCUUCCCCGGACCACAGGGUAUCAAAGGAGAAAAGGGUAUUAACGGAUUCCAGGGACAGGGUGGUGUGAAAGGUGAAGCAGGUCUGGGAGGUGACCAGGGGCCGCAGGGCCCACCCGGCUUUGGAGGCGAUCGCGGUGCUACCGGUGCUCAGGGAGCUGGAGGCCUUCGCGGUAUGGUCGGUGACACCGGCAGCAUAGGUCUCACCGGUCCACCUGGCGAGCCGGGCCCGAAAGGAGAGAGAGGCGACCAAGGUCUGCAGGGCCUGCAAGGCAUUCAGGGACUGCAGGGCACCAAGGGUAUGAAGGGCGAGGAAGGAAUACGCGGCCAGGAUGGUAGCAACGGCUCGCCGGGAGCCAAGGGCGAGAAGGGAGUGCCUGGACUGACUGGUGGAGAGGGCAUGGGCGGAAAUCCUGGAGAAACGGGUGAAGCUGGACCCAAGGGCGAAAAGGGAGGUCAAGGAGAGGAUGGCCUCAUUGGCGACUCAGGCGAUUUCGGUGAAAAGGGCAUCAUCGGACCAGAAGGUGACCAGGGUCCGAAGGGUCUUCCUGGUGCAGUCGGCUCCAUUGGUGUAGUUGGUCUGCAAGGACCACAAGGAUUCAAAGGAGACAAGGGUGGCCAAGGUCCUAAGGGAUUCCGAGGCUUGGAGGGCGAAAUGGGUGGCGGGGGACUUCAAGGCGAAGAAGGCAGCAAAGGAGAUCAAGGACAGAAAGGUGAACAGGGUAUUCAAGGUGAACAAGGCGACCAAGGAUUCCAAGGACCCACCGGUGGACAAGGACCCAAGGGAGAUCGUGGAGAGACGGGUCUGAAGGGAUUCAAGGGAGGCAAAGGCUUGCCAGGACCGGAUGGUGACAAUGGAAAUGCUGGACGCAAGGGAGAGUUUGGCACGGGCGGUCAGAAGGGCGAGAAGGGCAUCAAGGGCAUCGGUGGUGGCGUCGGUAUACAAGGUGACGUGGGAAGCGCCGGCAUCGACGGUCAGCAGGGUGACAAAGGUUUCCGUGGCGACACUGGAGAUGAAGGACUAAAGGGCAUGAAGGGAGAGCAAGGUCCAGACGGUGGGUUUGGUUUGACCGGCGUGAAAGGCACCAAGGGCAUCAAGGGAGGUCAGGGUUUCGAAGGGUUACCUGGUGACCGUGGUGUGUCCGGCCUUGAUGGAGAUGUUGGUGAGCAAGGCGAGAUAGGUCUGAAGGGCGGCGAUGGCCCGCGUGGAGUGAAGGGAAUCAAGGGUACCCGUGGCGACAACGGAGCAGAAGGAGAGGUCGGCCUGAAGGGUCGCCAGGGAGACAAGGGCGGAAAGGGCUUCCCGGCGCUAGAUGGACUCAAGGGAGUCAAGGGUGAUCGUGGUAUUGGUGGAUCUAAGGGAGACAUCGGACAGAAGGGUGAGAUGGGACCGCGUGGUGAACGCGGUAUCCGUGGACCGGUCGGACAGAAGGGUAACCAAGGCAACCAGGGACCAAAGGGUGGCGAGGGUGAAGUGGGAUUCGUUGGCCAGAAGGGAAGCAUCGGUGAUGACGGAGAUCCAGGACCGUCCGGUGCCAAGGGUGACCAGGGCCGCCGUGGUCCACUCGGAGAGCUUGGUGAACGAGGACCAAAGGGUCUAGGUGGAGAUUUGGGCGACUUAGGACCUAAGGGAGAAAUCGGCCCCAAUGGCUUCCAAGGAAUUGACGGUGACCAAGGAGACAAGGGAGGAAGAGGCUUCAAGGGAGAGACGGGCGGCAAGGGUGAACCAGGCGGCGUUGGCUUUCCCGGAAGCAUAUCCGGCGGUUGGUUGAUCACACGCCAUUCUCAGACGAACAUCAAUCCCGGCUGCCCUGUUGGUUGGACGGAGAUCUACAACGGUUUCAGCUUCAUGCAGUCGCAUGGCAAUGGCAAUGGUCAUGCACAGGACCUGGGCAAGGCUGGGUCUUGCCUGCGCCGCUACAGUGUCAGUCCUUUCCUGCAGUGCACCAACCGACAGCGUUGUUUCACCACACCGCACGGCGACUUGACUUACUGGCUGGCCGGCACGGAGACCUUCAUGAACAUGCCCACCACCGACCAACAGAUCAUCCGCGACAUGGUCAGCCGCUGCACUGUUUGUGAGGCACCAUCGCGCGCCAUCGCGGUACACAGCCAGACGUCGACGAUACCGAACUGCCCGGAGUCGUGGGUAACGGUUUGGACUGGAUACAGCUUUGUUGGGCAAGCGGUGCACGGUGGCCAGGGAGGUGGACAGGCACUCUCCUCUCCCGGUGCUUGCCUGGAGAACCUGCGAACGAACCCAGUACUGGAGUGUGACACGCACGGCUCCUGCACCCACCACGAGAAGACACUCAACUUCUGGCUGCGCGUGAUCGGCGACGGAAAUGCUCAGUUCCAGCCUCCGACCGCGGCAGAGAAGCUUGAGAACGCGCAGAUCGCCGCCAACAUCGGUCGCUGCCGUGUGUGCCGUAAAGAGGAGCCGCGGAUUCUCCGGCCAUAGGCACAGAACGACAGUGGCUGAUGGGUGAUUGGCUUCCUCACACCAACAACACUUCCAUGUGUUGUAGUUACGAAUAGAUUUCUCUGCUAGUGGGCCGACUACAGCAAGGUACCUCACAGGACAAGCAGUCACAGUACACCACGAGACUAGCUCAUGUGUGUGUGUGCACUGCUUGUCCUGUGGACCUCCGGACGGCUGUUGUGGUAUGGGUGUGGAGGGGUGAAUCCGCACCGCCAUGUCAGUCGAAGUUAUACUUGGUAACGAGCACAUAUUAAAUGGCGGAUAAGAAGCUGAUGACAAGGUUAGCAGUGCAAGGACUUCAACUGGAUUGUAGAGAACACUAGCAUAAGCCAGUUCUGCUUUGGACACACACACACACACACAAACACACACACACAUGCACUCAUUCUCUUUGCUCACAUACUGUAAUAUACUUCUAGAACAAUUACAGAUAAUCAAUGCGCAAUAGUUAUACAGCUGUGCGAUCUACUAGUUAUUGCAACCGCCCUUCUUUGAACAUUCUUGUUGAACAAUCAAACCGGAUCCCCUAUCCUAAACCUCUGUUUUUAAUUCAAUUCACCUAGUUUAGCACCGAACAAGGGACGUGCUACAGCAGAUGCUGGUCAAACUCCACUCCAUCAGUCUUUCUUUGCUUGUUCUUGUCAAAUCCCAUCUGUACAAUAUACUCUGCUGGUACUCA